AUGGCGAUUUUCGGCGACUUUGUCAAUGCUUUACUUUCGGGAAUCGCUUCCCGUCUUCUAACCCUCCUCGCUGUCCCACUCAAUACCCACUGGUCGGUCGAUCAUAUUACCGGAAACGCUAACAAACAAGUCUACACUGAGCAGAAGGUUGAAAUCGCUCCGGGCGAGAACGUAGGAGAUACUGAAGACGAGGAUUUCGAGUACAUGAAGCGGGUCUGA